GCAACGCGAAGAAGAGAGAUUGCUAGCUCUAACGCAACGCAACGCAACUCAACGCAACACAACACGAAUCGACGGAACACUCUUCACACGACCAAACGAAUCCAAAUUCCAUCCCAACCCGAAACAAACAAGUUUGCACCAACGCCAAACACAGUCCGGUUACGAUGAGGGCCCUGUCCGUCUUUCGCUACGCCCUGUCGUGGUCGCUGCUGCGGUUCCUGGUGGCUGCUUCGGCUUCGGCUUCUGCUUCCGCCUCCGCCCCUGCCCUUUCCCGACGGUUCCUCCGAUCCCUCCAGCAGGAGCAGGACGCUGCCCCCCCCGUGGUCCGGACCGAUCUGCUGCGGCUGGUCCCCUUCCAGAUCCAGAUCGCCAUUCGCGACGAGACGACCGGGGAGGAAGCCGAAUUGGUCUCGGAGAUCCUGUACGAGGGAGGCGCCCGGACGCUCCUGACGGACACGAUCACGGACUGGCUGGUUUCCUCUUUUGCCAGCAAGUCGACGGGGGCCGCCGGGGAGCUCCUGGGGAUAGGAAACGCGACCAGCUUUGACUCGAUCGCCCUCGAGAUGGUCGGCGACUCGGCAUCCACCGGGACCAUCGACGGCCAGGAACUCAGCCUGGUGCAGGUCUCCUUCGAGGGUGUCUCGCUCUGGGAGCGAACGGGGACCGGCACCGCCCCGAUGGAGGCCGAGAACGUCGAGCUCAUCCAGCGGGCGACCUUUCUGGAGGACAAGCGCCUCCGGGACGACCUGCAGGCGGCCAUUGCGAGCCUCCUCUACGACCUGGGCCUCGAAACCACCGAGUCGAUCACCAUCCUCGACGUCCGGGCCUACAUCACGCCGCCGGGAUCGAUUCUCGACGGCAGCGGCGGAGGCAGCGACGCCCAACCCACCGAUUCGGCGGGAACCCAGGCCCAGGCAGGCGAUAGCGGCGCGGACCAAAACAACAACCUGGAGAUCAUCAUCAUCGUCGCCAUCGUCGUGGCCUGUCUGGCGUUUGCGCUCCUUAUUUUCGCCGUCGUCUGGGCCUGGAGGGCCGACCGAAACGACCGGGGAAGCAGCAAGUCGUCGUCGGCCUCGGGCGGCAGGAAGCGCACCAAGAAAAAGAACGCCUACGACAGCGUCCGCGACGACGACGCGGAGGCAGCCGCCGCGGCGCCCGCUGCCGGCGGGAAGGGAGGCAGGCGCGGCGGGAAGAAAAGCACGCAGCAAACCGCCAAGCAGCAGCAGCGAGAGCGCGAGCAGCCCCCACCGCAGACCCGCGGAAGCCGGGGGAUCUUUUCCAAGAAGAAUCGAGAGUCCCCCGAACCGGCCUCCUCGCCCAGCCGCGGGGGAAUGGUCAUCGGGGACACAACCGGCGGCCGGGGCGUCAGCGUCGACAUCAGCGACAACGAGACGGACGACGACGACACGGCCGGAAACGCCACCAACGACUCCUACCCAAUCCUCCAGCCCAACGACUCGGUGGUCUCCUCCGACAUUUCCUCCAGUCUCACGGCCUACUACAAAUCGGGGAUGGGCUACGGCGGUGGCAGCGGGAGCAAGAACAGCGGCCGGAGCGGCGCCAGGGACUUUAACGACGCCGCCAGCAUGUCCAGCAUGGAUUCCUACGGGUACUCUCUGGACGGGUACGCCCCCAGCCUGGGGCCGGCCCAGGGGGGCUACCCCGUGGGGCCCAUGCAGGCGGCCGCAAACGCGCCGAUCCCCAUCGGGACCUCCCAGGACGAGGAGCUCGCGAACCACGACGAUUUUGAGGCCAUCCGGCAGCUCCAGGAAGACGAGUCGAUCGUGGACUACCAGGCCGAGGCGUAGUAGUAGUCCCGCAGAGGUGUCUGUCUGUGGGCGAGCCGGCACCACACCACACUACUCUACACUAUCCACGACGAUACGUCCAUACCACAUCACACGAUAGGUGCACAGCACAGCACCGCACCACACAAAACCACAACUAUACACCGACCGGUUUCUCUCUGCAUACAAAAAACACGCACAGUAUUCCUAUUAUACACAUAUAACUAC